GUGCGGAGCUGGAGAGGGAGCGCAGUGAAGGGGCGGAGGUGGUGAGGCUGGUGGAGGCGUCGACGGAGGCUGAGCUGGGGCAGGUGCGCGCCUCCCUCCACGCACAGCUCGCCGAGGAACACUCCACCGUGAUCAAACUGAGGAGUGAGAGAGCCGCCCUGAAGAAAAGCUUUGCAAUGGUGCAGCGGGAAUGCGAGGAGAAGUCAUUGGAGGUGUCGGGGCUGACAGAGGAGCGGGGCAAGCUGCAGGUAUCGGUGAAGGGGCUGGAAAGGGAGAUGGCGGCCCUGAGACGGGAAGUGAAGCACAGAGAUGACAUUAUAAGGGACAGGGAGGGCCAGAUGAGCAGCACACGGGAACACGUGGAGGAGCUCGAGAAACAGCGCUUCCUCCUUGACCACCAAAUGAGUGUACUGAAAGAGGAACUGCAGCCCCUCCAGGUGGCCCUCGAGCAGCGCGCCCAGCAGAUCAAGCAAAUGGAGGAAGAGGUGAGCGAGACGCGGCUGGUGGUGGGCGCGAGGGACAGACAGGUGAAGGAGUUGAGUCAGCGGCUGGCCACGGCGGGGCAGCAAGGGAGGUACCUGCAGCAGCGCCACCACGCCCUAGCCACGGCCCUCACCCGCGUGCUGGCCGACCUCGCCACCGCCACCACCCUCCUUCACCAGCCCAAGAAACUCAAGGAGGCUAUCAAGACCCUCCACGACAAGCACGUCCGUAGCGGGAAGCACAAGGAGUUCUGGACGAGACCCGACCUUGACAAGCUGGCGGCCUCGGGCACUGACCCCACGGCACAGGCUGGUGGUGUGGUGGUGCCGCCGGCGGAGGAGGAGGAGGCGGUGUGCGAGCUGCUUCGUCAACGGGAGAUGCUGGAGAGGUCGGUGGCUACUUUGAGGGCACGAGCUGAGAAACAGGAUCGUGCCCAUAAAGAUAAAGUGACGACGCUGGUGAAGGAGAACACGGAGCUGCUGGAGCGGGUGCGGGAACUGGAGGAGAGGGCGUGGCGUCUGGAGGGCGAGGCGCGGCGGGCGGAGAGUCUAGCUGGCUUACGGGACCCUCGCUCCUGCAGAAAGAAGGCAUCCCGCGACCACCUAGUGCAGACUCUCUCGCGCCAGGCAGACACCAUCGCCCGCCUGCAGCAGCAACUGAGGGAGGCGCAGACGGGCCACCAGACUGAAGAAACCAAGAGUGACAACCAAAGCAACGAGAACCCAACCGCUAAACCUGAAGAAGGCGAAGAAGGAGAGAAGAAAAAAGAACCUGAAGGAAAAGUAGAAAGCAACGAUCCUGGGGAACCUUCUACUAACACAGACCACCACCACCACCACCGCUACCCACACCAGCAGCGCCACCAGCAGGAGGGAGGAGGAGGAGGAGGAGGAGGCAGUGGUGGUAUUGGUGGUGAGGUGGACAUGACUCUCAAGCACCAGCAUAUUGUUCUGCCUCAUGGUGACUCCUCCACGCAUGACCUCAAUUCCAUCGCCCCGUGAGGUGGUGGUGAUGGUGGUGAUGGUGGUGAUGGUGGUGGUGGUGGUGGUGGUGUUGUUAGUUGGUGGGUAAAAAAAUUCAAGAAAUACUCUUUCAUUAUGGGAUGGAAAGUGAUGACGAUGAUGAUAAGAAGAAAAUAAAGAAGAAGAAGAAGAAGAAGAAGAAGAAGAAGAAGAAGAAGAAGAAGAAGAAAAGAAGAAGAAAAAUGAGGAGGAGAAGGGUGGCUAUAGAGAAGGUGAAUAGGUAAAGGCAGGCAUAUAAAGAAGAGGAGGAAGAGGAAGAUGAAGAGGAGGAAGAGGAGGAGAAAUGGGAACAAAAAAAAAAAAAAAAAAACAGGCAAAGA